AUGGAGAGUCGGUGUCGCCGCCGUCGGGGCCUCAGUUUCCCCAAGCGCGCAGGGAUGGAGAGAAGGCAGCAGCCUGCGCCCGCGGACGGAGCCGACCCGUCGCCCGCCGAAGAACAAGAGACCCGGCCCGACGGAGAGGGCUCCCCGGGCAAGGCCAGGCCGGGCGCAGCCCGCAGGCCCGGGGCCGCCGCGUCGGCGGACCGGGACGACCGGGGGGCCCCCACCAGCGUGGCGGCGCUCAGGUCCAACUUCGAGAGGAUCCGCAAGGGCCAUGGCCAGCCCGGGGCGACUGACGCCGACAAGCCCUUCUACGUAAACGUGGAGUUUCACCACGAGCGCGGCCUGGUGAAGGUCAACGACAAAGAGGUGUCGGACCGGAUCAGCUCCUUGGGUACCCAGGCCAUGCAGUUGGAGCGCAAGAAGUCCCAGCAGGGCACCGGGCAGGGCCUGGGGGACACGCCCAGGCCCGCGUACGGGGGGCGCUCUUCGGAGAGCGGUUGCGGCGUCGACUGCGACUACGAGGACGCCGAGUUGAACCCCCGCUUCCUGAAGGACAACCUGAUCAACGCCAAUGGCGGCAGCAGACCCCCUUGGCCGCCCCUGGAGUACCAGCCCUACCAGAGUAUCUAUGUCGGAGGCAUGAUGGGGGAAGGGGAGGGCAAGGGCCCCCUCCUGCGCAGCCAGAGCACCUCCGAGCAGGAGAAGCGCCUCACCUGGCCGCGCAGGUCCUACUCCCCCCGGAGCUUUGAGGACUGCGGAGGCGGCUACACCCCGGACUGCAGCUCCAACGAGAACCUCACCUCCAGCGAGGAGGACUUCUCCUCCGGCCAGUCCAGCCGCGUGUCCCCAAGCCCCACCACCUACCGCAUGUUCCGGGACAAGAGCCGCUCACCCUCGCAGAACUCUCAACAGUCCUUCGACAGCAGCAGCCCCCCGACGCCGCAGUGCCAUAAGCGGCACCGGCACUGCCAGGUUGUCGUGUCGGAGGCCACCAUUGUGGGCGUCCGCAAGACCGGGCAGAUCUGGCCCAGCGAUGGAGACGCAGAUACCUCGUUCGGCACGUCGCCUGGGUACAGCUGUGCCACGGACCGGGCCGAGGAGCAGCGCCGGCAGGACAGGCUGCCCUACAUCGACGACUCACCCUCCUCCUCGCCCCACCUCAGCAGCAAGGGCAGGGGCAGCCGGGAUGCGCUGGCCUUGGGAGCCCCUGAGUCCACCAAAGCGAGUGAACUGGACUUAGAAAAGGGCUUGGAGAUGAGAAAAUGGGUCCUGUCUGGAAUCUUGGCUAGCGAGGAGACUUACCUGAGCCACCUGGAGGCGCUGCUGUUGCCCAUGAAGCCUUUGAAAGCUGCUGCCACCACCUCUCAGCCAGUGCUGACCAGUCAGCAGAUCGAGACCAUCUUCUUCAAAGUGCCUGAGCUCUAUGAGAUCCACAAGGAGUUCUACGAUGGGCUCUUCCCGCGAGUGCAGCAGUGGAGCCACCAGCAGCGGGUGGGCGACCUCUUCCAGAAGCUGGCCAGCCAGUUGGGUGUGUACCGGGCCUUUGUGGACAACUAUGGAGUUGCCAUGGAAACAGCUGAGAAGUGCUGUCAGGCCAACGCUCAGUUUGCAGAAAUCUCCGAGAACCUAAGAGCCAGGAGCAACAAGGAUGCCAAGGAUCCAGUGACGACCAAGAACUCUUUGGAAACUUUGCUCUACAAGCCUGUGGACCGGGUGACAAGGAGCACACUUGUCCUUCAUGACUUACUGAAGCACACUCCCUCCAGCCACCCUGACCACCCCCUGCUGCAGGAUGCCCUCCGGAUCUCACAGAACUUCCUCUCCAGCAUCAACGAGGAGAUCACGCCUCGCCGGCAAUCCAUGACGGUAAAGAAGGGAGAGCACCGGCAGCUGCUGAAGGAUAGCUUCAUGGUGGAGCUGGUGGAGGGCGCCCGCAAGCUGCGUCACAUCUUCCUCUUCACAGACUUACUCCUCUGCACCAAGCUCAAGAAGCAGAGCGGAGGCAAAACCCAGCAAUACGACUGCAAGUGGUACAUUCCACUCACGGAUCUGAGCUUCCAGAUGGUGGACGAGUCGGAGGCAGCCCCCAACAUCCCCCUGGUGCCGGAUGAGGAGCUGGAUGCUCUGAAGAUCAAGAUCUCCCAGAUCAAGAGUGAUAUCCAGAGGGAGAAGAGAGCAAACAAAGGCAGCAAGGCCACCGAGAGGCUAAAGAAGAAGCUGUCUGAGCAGGAGUCGCUGCUGCUGCUCAUGUCACCCAGCAUGGCCUUCAGGGUGCACAGCCGCAACGGCAAGAGCUACACAUUCCUCAUCUCCUCCGACUACGAGCGCGCCGAGUGGAGGGAGAACAUCCGGGAGCAGCAGAAGAAGUGUUUCAAAAGCUUCUCCCUGACGUCCGUGGAGCUGCAGAUGUUGACCAACUCGUGUGUCAAGCUUCAGACCGUUCACAACAUUCCACUGACCAUCAACAAAGAAGAUGAUGAAUCUCCUGGGCUCUAUGGCUUCCUGAAUGUCAUCGUUCACUCAGCCACCGGAUUUAAGCAGAGUUCAAAUCUGUAUUGCACUCUGGAGGUGGACUCCUUUGGGUAUUUUGUGAACAAAGCAAAGACCAGAGUCUACAGGGACACAGCCGAGCCCAACUGGAAUGAGGAGUUCGAGAUAGAGCUGGAAGGCUCGCAGACCCUGAGGCUCCUGUGCUACGAGAAGUGCUACAACAAGACGAAGAUGAGCAAGGAGGACGGCGAGACCACAGACAGGCUCAUGGGGAAGGGCCAGGUCCAGGUGAGGCUGCCCUCCCCUCCCACCUUCUGCCCUGGGGCCCUCGGGGACACUGGGCUAGCCUGGCACCGGCUGGCCCCAGUUUGUAGGGUGUACAGCCAUGUCCCUGAACAGGGCGUGCUCCUCUCCCAGGAGGCCCUCAGCAUGCGAGAGUCACCCCGGGCUGCCAUGCAGGGCCUGCUUCGCUACUUCCAUCCCUGCCGGGCGUGCCGGAGCCAGGUAGCCUCAGCCAAAAAGCACCUGUGUGCUCGUGGCACCACCCUGUGGACUCACAUCCGAAACCUGGUGGGCAAGGGCAAGGCCAUGAGGACCAGGAGGGUAAAAAGGCUGUGCCACUUCUUCCCACUGCAGAUUGAGGUGAAACUGUCUGUCAAGUUCACCAGCAGGGAGUUCAGCUUGAAGAGAAUGCCUUCCCGAAAACAGACGGGGGUCUUCGGGGUCAAGAUUGCUGUGGUCACCAAGAGAGAGAGAUCCAAAGUGCCCUACAUCGUGCGCCAGUGUGUGGAGGAGAUUGAGCGCCGCGGCAUGGAGGAGGUGGGCAUCUACCGAGUGUCUGGAGUGGCCACGGACAUCCAGGCGUUGAAGGCGGCCUUUGACGUCAAUAACAAGGACGUGUCGGUGAUGAUGAGCGAAAUGGACGUGAACGCCAUCGCCGGCACACUGAAGCUCUACUUCCGAGAGCUGCCUGAGCCCCUCUUCACAGACGAGUUCUACCCCAACUUCGCCGAGGGCAUUGCCCUUUCAGACCCUGUUGCAAAGGAGAGCUGCAUGCUCAACCUGCUGCUGUCUCUGCCAGAGGCCAACCUGCUCACCUUCCUCUUCCUUCUGGACCACCUGAAAAGAGUGGCAGAAAAGGAGGCAGUGAACAAGAUGUCCCUGCACAAUUUGGCCACGGUCUUCGGCCCCACGUUGCUGCGCCCCUCGGAGAAGGAGAGCAAGCUCCCUGCCAACCCCAGCCAGCCCAUCACCAUGACCGACAGCUGGUCCCUGGAGGUCAUGUCCCAGGUCCAGGUGCUGCUGUAUUUCCUGCAACUAGAGGCCAUCCCUGCCCCGGACAGCAAGAGACAGAGCAUCUUGUUCUCCACUGAAGUCUAAAGGCCCCAACUCCAUCUCCAAGAGUCCGGCAGAACAGCCUGGAAACCUCUGGCUAAAUGGGCCAUACAUACAGAGCGGGAACCGAACCUUCUUGAAGUGUUACUGGGUCACCCCAAGAGUCUGGGCGCCUGCCAAGAGACAGCUACCCCAAGCAGAAGGCCAGGUGUGCCUGGGCAGGGCCAGGGCUGGCCUGGGACUGUGGUUUUCCCCCACUGCCACCAGAGGGCGCCCCAGUGCGUCUCAGCGUGCAGGCCCCGCCCCUGGGCGCGGGUUAAGAGUGAUUUUUAUGAACUUAACUUAUCAGAGUUUAAAAGAUUUCUACUGGAUCACUUGUCAAGAUGCACCCUCUACGGGGAGAAGGGAACACGACCAGAUUCCCUCACUGUUGUGUCUUGAAUAAACGCUGCUGCUGCUUCA